AUGGUGGUGCUAAUGGUCCAGGGUCCUCUGGCACUGGUAGUUCUCACUCAGUGGCUCCUCUCAGCUGGUGCCAGCACCAUGCACCAGGUUGCUAAGGUGAGAACUCAGGACUACGAUUCUUUGUGGCUUACCGGCCUGGUUGCCCAGGUGGCUCUGUAUGGGGCCGUGGCGAGCAUGAUGGUGAACCCGUGGGCGGACAUCGUAGUCAUGGCAUCAAGGUUCGAGGAGGUCGGCGAUGCAGCUGCCCAGCAACUGCGGGGGCUGGGUCUCGGACGUUGCGCGGAGCCCAAGAUCAUGCAACAGAGCUCUUCUAAAGGAUUGAAGAAGCAGGGGGCGUCACAAGACGAUGAGCCCUUCCGCAAUCUCGCCACCGAGCACUCAGAAGCUCAACACUGCGGAGUUUUCCACGAGGUCUUGGAUCUCUCGCUCUUUGCGCCCGAGACAAGCAGAAAUUUCGACAGCGAUCAGGAGUCGGACAUCACCUACUGUCUCCUGCUCAGCGUGCUGAGCUCCAAGCGGACUCUGGGUCUGGGAGCUUACUGGGACGAGGAGGACGACGAGAAACGGGUCUGCCUAAUUGUCUUGGCGGUGGAGGUGGAGGCCCUGAGUGGUUCCACGAAAUUGGAGCAUGCUGUAAAGGAUGUUCUGUCGAACCCUGGUGUGACGAAGAUCCAUGCAGGAGAUGGGAACGAGUUGCGGGAGAGGCUCCGGACAUCGUUUGGGGUGGACCUGCGUGGCGAGCUGGACCUCAGGACACAAGCAAAAGCACCUCAAGAUGUGGAGGCGCGGCUAGAGGCCCUCUCCGUGACCGGGGAGGCUGAAUGGUCGUCGGUCGAGCUCGAUGCACAGCAAGUCGAAGUGGCUGCCAAGCGCGCGCUCCUAUGCUGGAAGCACGCGGAGCAGCUGCAGCCGAAGGCCGCUCCAGAGCCACAGCCCGUCUCACAACGAGUAUGGGCUCAGCAAUGCGUAGUUCGGCGCCAUGAUGGCCUGUACUGCUGGGCCUGCCAGGCCGGUCCUGUACCGACUGACGCCGACAUGCAGAAGCACAUCGAUGGAGCUCAGCACAAGCGCCGCAUGGUGUUGUCCGGCAUCCUCGAGGACGAUCAGAUCUUGCCUCCUGUCCCUUCCUCCCUUGCGGCGCGCGGCAUUGUUUUGCAGAAGGGGAAGGACGGCACCCUCCAGUAUAUGUGUCAGAAGUGCAAAGCGGGUCCAUUUCCCACGCUGGAUAGUGUGGACUCGCACCUGCAUGGUGCCAAGCACCUGCACAAGGAGGGUCGAGAGCCGGAGCUGCGACUCACGGCGGACCUUGCCAAGGAGGGAUUUGUUCUCUCAGCCGCCGGAGAGCUAGAGUGUCGCCUGUGUGAAGCAGGCCCAUUUCGGGAUCGGCAGAGUCUGAGGCUGCAUCGCCAGUCCUUGCAGCAUAGAGGCCACGGCGACACAUGUGCCAGGCCGCCAAGGAUGGAGGAGGAGUUGCGAGAGCUUCCAGGCUACUGUAAUCUGUUGGGCAACGCAUUCUGCUGCUUCCUCUGCGAUGUGUCCGCACCAUCUCUGGAUGGCAUGUUGCAGCAUCUUGCGGGCAAGAGCCAUCGGAAGGCUUGCCAGGCUCAUGGUGAGCCAGAGCCGCUGAUUCUCUGCAAGGAUCUCGUCUGUGAUCAGGUCUCCGACGUGUACCCCUUGCAGGGUCGGCUCCGAGACGUCGACCUGGAGCCGAUCUUCAGAAAAGGCGCGGGCACUUGGCAGGAGGCCGGACCUGGCCACAAGAAGCCACAGGGUGUGGCUGCGUCACAAGCUUUGCUCAAACCGCCUCGCGCAAUGGUCUCGAAGGAUGAUGUCGAGAAUGGCGGCGAACCAUCCAACUUGCCCGCAAAAGUUGGGGAUAAAGUCGUCGUUCUGUCAGAGGACGCCGGAAGUCCUUGGGUCUGGGCAGAGAUCGAUGAGCAGAAAGGCUGGUUUCCCAGAGAUGCCCUCGUCAAGAAGCUUCCACCGUGGAAGCUCAAGAAGGCCGCGAGCAAGACCGCGAAGGCUGCCGGCCCCAUCACACCCGCGCCACCGCGGGUUAUGGUUGUCCGCCCAGAGCCAUUGAACUUUCCUGCGCCGGUCGGCCAGCAGUUACUACACGCUGAAGCUGGUGACGAGGUCACCAUCUUGAUGUUCGGUGAAGGCGGUGACUGGGUUUGGGCGGAAUGCAAAGGCGAGCACGGGAUGUUCCCGAGAAGGUUUCUGGAAGAGCGGAAAGACUCUGAGCAGGUGCAAGGCGUCCUGGAGUCCGACUCCGACUUCGAACUUCGAGUCACUCCACCGGAGACGCCCUUGGACUGGUCGGAUGUCGGCCGAAGGAGAUUCUACUGUAUUAAAGACGUCACCGAAGCCUUUCUCCGGGUUGUGAAGAUGCGUGAGGAGCGACUGGAAUCCCAGCAGAUGUCGGCAUCAGAAAUUCUGAAAGAAGCGAUUCGAAAGACGUCCGAAAAGUCAGGUUCGCAACCUUUCAUGCCACCAAAGAGGUAUCGGCCUGCCAGCAUCCCCCGAGAGCGGCACCACUGGCAAGAACGAUCCGGAUUCCGCAGCCGACGGGCUUACGGUCGAAGUCGACAGCAUGGAAGGAUGAGCAAUCCCCCAUAUCAUGUGUCCGACAGGUUGAGUUGA